GACCAUUUCUCAACACAUUCUUUCAACUCAAAUAAACAUUCGAAAUCAUAAAUAUGGUCUCCAAUAGCGAUUGUCCAUUCUUUGAUAAGGUCCCAAUUGACAUCAGGACUCAGAUAUACAAAGAAUUGCUAGUCAGUAACAUUAUCGGCACAGCAGAUUCUGUAUCCAGAGGUGCGAACUAUGGAGCUGAUACAAAAUACGGCUUGUUCCCACAUGUAUUGAGAGUCUGCCGUCAAAUUUACGUCGAGGCCUCGGAUGUUCUAUACAAAGAAAACACCUUCUAUAUCGCGUGUCUUCGGGUAGACAAUCACUUUUAUAUGAAUAUGGAUAUGGAUGGAGGCAGUGAUGAUGAAGAUUCAACAGCCGUACUGUGCGUCGAAGGUCCUCUUGUGGAAUUAUCCCCUAUUACGAGAUACCUGAACAAUCAAAGCAGAAUGCCGUUUCCAAUUCCCAAUCUCGGCAAUUGCUCCACUGUUUUGAGAGUUGGCAAGUGGCGUGUGGUAAUCAGCAGGCGUGUGUUUUCUGGUGCCAGUUCGGAACCAACAUGGAAUUGGAGUUUGCGUGAUUUUUGCGAAGCGAUCUCCCAAAAUUCACUGUUAUCGUUGGAAGUAUUACUUCUGCCUUGUGGCUUGGAUUAUGGUGGGACCAGCAUUUGUUCUUUCGACAGCUGUGAACAGAUCUUGAAGCCUUUGAGAAUCCUCCGCAAUGUACAGACAUGUGCAAUCAAAGAAGCUUGCGCAACCGAUGUUCCUGAUAUCAUCCAAUUCAAUGAGGAUGGGUGGGUGGAGAAAUUCAGAGAGAUAAAUGGAGCUCUAGCAGAGAUUCCUAGGGGCUUGAAGAUGGAGAUAGAAACACUUACGACCGGUCAACAACCCUUAGAUGUCCGCCACAUGAUGCAUAAGAACCUCGUAGCUUACGCACGAACCUUUGAGCGACACCGACCUUACAAAAUGCAAAUGGGUUUAAGACAAGAAGAUAUCACACAGCUUGACUCUAGGUGUCUCGAGCACGCCGAGUUCCUCGAUACAGGCUCUUUCAAUCCUUUCAUCGAGCCAACCCUUCACCCGCUCGAAUUCGAACUUCGCAACUGUCAAGACGCCGUCAUGAAUUCAGGCGAAGAUGAAUGGAUAUUCAAAGAACAUCGCAAGCACGCCCUAACCUACCUCGAGCCACAAUGGAAUCAAAUCAUGGUUGCAAAUCAUAGACUCACGACAUUUAUAAAGCAACAUAAAGUCCCCGGCGGCAUAUUCGACACUGCUGAGCGAAAGAAGGAAAAAUUAGGGUUCUCAAACAAUCCAUGGGAAAUACGCGAUCCAGACUGGGAGCAGAAAAUCUGUCUCGCCCUAGUCUAUCUCAAGCGCUACGCCAAAGCAUUCAAAAGACACACCACCUCUGCCAUCGAAGCCCAGAUCCUCUCACAACGUGAUCUCUACAACAGCCAUUACAAAAAUCUACCCCGCGAUCGUCUAAUCAAACACCUAAUGACCGAUCACCAAGUCGGCAAAAUCCGCCACUUCAUCACCAAGUUCAGCACAGCGGUCGAUAUGUGUGACCGGCAAUACCUCGAGAUGUUGACGGCGCGAAAGGCGCUCUUUGAUCAUGACGGAUUGGGCGAAUACGAAUGCGGUGAUUUUAAUCUGCACAAGGAACUGUCUGCGGAAAUGAUUGAUUGGUGUGUGAAUGAGCCCGAUUUGACGCCGCAGGAUUCGUCGGAUGCGGAUGAUGAUUAUGGCGAGGUGAGUGAUGAUGGAAGUGAUUGGUCGGAUUAUUAAUGAGCUUCUGGAUUGCUCUUUGGAGUUUGAUAUCAGUGGUUGUGUUGAUUGAUCAGCGUGGACGAUUGAUUUUAUGGCGUUGGGAUUUUAAUUGUUAGAAGUGUAGGAAAUAAUACAAGCGGAUUCAAGUUUCA